CCGGGCUUCAACAGUCAGAGAAUAACACAGGGAGAGAAGACAACAGUAUACAUACAGAGGACAGCAGCCUGGACUCCAACAUGUCUGUGGAAACUUCACUUUAUCUUCUUCUUCUCUUCAUCUCUGUGACAUCGGCCCAGGACUGCGCCCAGCCGUGUUCCUGUCCAUCAGCACCCCCUCCCUGUCCCGUGGGGACGAGCCUGGUGCUGGACGGCUGUGGAUGCUGUAAGGUGUGUGCGAGGCAGCUGGGCGAGCCAUGCUCUCUGCUGGAGCCAUGUGACCACCACAAAGAACUGUACUGUGACUACGGCCUGCUGAGUGACACCUACACUGGAAUCUGCAUGGCUCAGGAGGGUCAGUCGUGUGACCUGGGGGGUGUGAUCUACCGUAGUGGGGAGUCUUUCCAGCCGAGCUGCAAACAUCACUGCGUCUGUAUGAAUGGAGAGAUUGGCUGUGUUCCAACCUGUGCCAGUGAAGCCCGGCUGCCCUCUCCUGAUUGCCCGUACCCACGACGCAUCAGCAUCCCCGGGAAGUGCUGCGAGGAGUGGGUGUGCGACGAGAUCCCCCCGGACCAGAACUAUGAGUCCGUGAUGGCCGCAGCAUCUCAGAUUCACCCCCUGCCCUCCUCAGACCCGCUUUCAGUAUUCAGAUCGGCGCCCCCCUAUGGACUGCCCCUAGAGAGUCCCAGAGAUAACUGCAUUGUGCAGACGACAGAUUGGAGCGAGUGCUCGGCGACCUGUGGCAUGGGCGUUUCCUCUCGCAUCACCAAUGACAACCAGCACUGCCAGCUGGAGAGACAAACCAGGAUCUGCAUGAUCCGACCGUGCAACAGCCAGCAGGAGAGAGAGAUCAAGAGGGGGAGGAAGUGUGUCCGGACACCAAAGGCGCAGAGGUUCAUGCGUUUCGAGCUGUCAGGUUGCUCCAGUACCAGACUUUACCGACCAAAGUUCUGUGGCGUCUGCGUAGACAACCGCUGCUGUACGCCACACCGCACCGUCACAGCACAGGUGGAGUUCCAGUGUCCAGAAGGAGAUGCCUUUGUCAAGAAGAUGAUGUUCAUCAAGACCUGCGCCUGCCACCAUGACUGUCCAUCAGACAACGACAUCUUCAUGGCGUCGAACACUCGGAGGAUGAUUGGAGACUACGACAACGGCAUGUGAUGCAAAUGUGCAGAACAGAACUGCACACCCUUUAAACACAACCACAUGUCUUGCUUGGAUUUAACUAAGCCAUAAAUAGAAUGGGUCAAUGAUUCAUCACUUCUGCACAAAGAGACAGAAGAGUCUGGAUUAUGUUUUUACUUUUGAAGAAAGCUGAAAAGACGAGAAGUUGUUUGUGUUGUUGGUUUGGAAAUCAUCCGAUAACAUAAGAUCAAUUUUUCAAACAAACAAAGACAUCACAUUAGGUCCGAGCCACAAUAUUUGAAAAAGACAAAGCAGUCAGCACCGUCAGCCAUGUUUGGUGAUGACAAAGAGCAUGAGGUACGCUUCUUUAGUGAUGUUAAAAUCCACCUCUAACAUGCCUAGACUCCCCUACCAGUCUCCCUUUAUGUGUGCUCUUAUAGUUUAAUAAAGAGAUGCACAGACAACAAAAUGUACAAAUGCAUAUCAGAUUCUAACUUUAUUUUAAACUUUAUUGAAAAUUUCCUUCCUGGUAACCUGGAUUUGACAUUAAACGAUGCUUUGACCUACCUGACCUUGAAGAAAAGUCUAGAGUAGAUUUUAUUUUCAUUCUCUCUCAGCUUAGUUAUCAGCUGUAAAAGUGUAGCAUUUUUAACAUUUUUGAACUUUUGUUGUCGUUGAGUAACAUAAAUGGCAUAAACCUGACCUAAAUAGUCGUGAAGCUAUUCUAUCUAGAAAUAUUUUAUUUUUAAUGUCAUGACUUUGACAUUUCUGUCACAAACAUUUUCGUCUUCAAAGAAAGAAAAAAUGACCUGAGCUCUCAAUGGGAUGCUUAGAUUUAAAGGAACUAAAAGUAUGGCAAACCACAGCUGAAGGUGAAACGUAUGGUGGCUUAGAAGGCCCAAAACAGUUGUUAUCAUGAGAAAACAGACUGCAAAUUCAGAAAUAUGUGAAUUUAAAAUGUACAAAACAAAGAAAUGAUUUCACAGUAAACCUGCUGAAACUAAAUAAAUGCAUAAGCAAAUCUAAAGACUGCCCUCACACGUCUGGAGGAUUUUUAGGUAUCUAAGGGCAUUUAUUUAGGCUUUUUGCAUCACAUUUCUUUUAUCUAAAACAUAUUUUUGAUCAUGCACUUCUUUUGUACAUGCACAUGGUUGCCCUCUUUGUAAGGUGUCAUGAGAUAACUUCAAAUAUGAAUUGGCGCAAUACAAACAAUGAAUGAUUGAUCAACUGAUUGAUCCUUUCUGAAUUUGCAGCCUUUUUCCUCCUUACUGAAAACACCUGUGCUGUUGUUGUGGGUUUGCAGCUAUCAACUGCUGUAUGUAGAAAUAUUAUAAUCAAACCAGCAGUACCUGGUAAUAAUAGCACAACAUAGCAAACCAACCUUUUACUGUGCUAUGCUUUAUGCACAGUACGGGCCACCCGGUCUGAGCGCCAGUACAACCUAAGUUUAUUGGGUACUAAUGAAGCAUCAUGUAUUUAGUGUUUCCCUCUUCAGGGACUGAAGGAGGACCACUAAAUGGUGCUUUUUGUCAUAUGAAGGCUUUAAAUGUAGCUCUUUGUUCUGACAGAGUGGUCUUUAGAUCAGUGCAGGAAAGAAAAGCAUAAACCAUGACUGGAGAAGUGCUCAAACUUCUCUCUUUUUUACUGUAUAUUUAAAGAAAAAAGUGUGUACGUUUUUUUAAUGUGCUUAUGUAAAUACUGAGAGGCCUAGUCCACAUGGAGGCGAGUAUUUUUGAAAACAAGGCUUUUCUUCUGCAUUCUCAAAAACUUCUUUGUACGCAUGAAAAUGUGCUGUACAGAGCCAUGCCAGCAGUCGUCCGUCCUUUGCUGUAAAUCAAAGCAGUGAAAUUUGUCCCCCCAUCGACCUGAACAGGUUCUCUUUCCAAACCACUCUGUCAUUAGGGCAGGGUUUAUGUUUUGGGAAUGUUCAAUAAGGCAGUGGUGGUAAUUAUCAUCUUUAGAGGCAUGAAUAGAAUAUUUUAAAGACAUUAAACGAUGACAUCAUCUUCCUCUACAAUGGUAGAGGAUGAAAUGUUUUUGACAUUGGGGGAUGAUUACCUCAAAGACAUAGGACAGAAUGUUUUAUAGACAUUAAAGAAUGACAUCAUCUUCAGAGGCAGAGAAUAGAAUGUUUUUCAGACAUUAAAAGAUGACUUCAUCCUCAAAGGUAGAGGAAGGAAUGUUUAAUAGACUUUAAAGAUGACAUUGUCCUCAAAGGUACAUGAUGGAAUGUUUCAUAGAAAUUUAAGGAUGACAUCACCCUCAAAAGUUGAGCGUGGAAUGUGGUGAAGCUGGGGAUGUUGGGGGCUUUCCCCCAUGAUUAUUCACCAAAUAGUAGGCCAUAGUGGGCAACUUUUCGAAAAGUGAGUAGAAAUGGCAAGGAGUUCUACCCACUUUACCAAAAGUUGCCAACACAGAACAGGCACAAAUCAAAUAGAUUGCUGGUGCAUCUGUGUUUUAAAAAUGAUAGAGAUAUGACGUAUGCUUAGUUAUUUCAAAUAACUUGUCUUUUUUGGUGUAAAGAAGGAAAUAAGUUUAAGCAAAAACUGUAGAGAACCACUGUUCUAAGGGUGAAUUUCCAAUAACCUAAUUGCUGUUGGCUUUUGUUUGAAAGGUAAAUUGAUGAGAGAAACCUCCAUGUUCAAAACUACCUGCCCAAGUGUGGACUAGUCCUGAGUACUGUGUACGGUUUUGUACUCUAAUUUAUGUAACACAUUGUUGUACUUGUUAUUGUAUCAUUUUUAACCAUCUGACUGUUGCACUUUUCACUACAAUAAAUAAUAAAGUCUAUUUUUA